UUUAACACACAUUUGCAGAAUUGGUAUUUCUCUUCAAUCGCGGAAUUCGAUCCUUCAUCUCUCUCCCAUUAGAUGAUGAUCAACAAAGUCCCCAAUCGGUGAAUCCUUGUAUGAAUCGGCGACGGAGGAAGGUAGACUCGCCGCCUGAAGUAGAUUCACAAACUGAUCGGCGAAAUACUAACUCUCGAAAACCCUAAACGGAUUUGAUCCUACACAUCGAAGAGUUUCUCCACAAAUCUAUACAAAAGCUUGGGUUUUAAACGGAAUAAAGAUCUGUUCUCAUCUGUACAAUAGCAGAUAUGAGGCAACAAAAUGAAGGGAAAGGGCGCCGAUGAAAGCGGGGGAUGUCAUAUGGGUUUGUAAACUAACAGACGGAUGUAAACUGCGAAAGAGGCGAGCGCACUUCGCUGCAUAGGUACACAAAAGAGCAGCUUGUUUUGAGUUUCAAGCUUUGUCCUCCGCCCUCCAGUGAUCCGCCGUGACGCUGCAGGCUUAAAAACGCUAGGAUCCCUUCAUGGUCGUUCGUGGCAGAAUCCUUGCUGUAUUCAACAGUUUACCUCUGUUUCCAUCGAAGGCUCGUUUUGCAGUUGUCUCGAGAAGCUUCUAUGGUCGUUUGUUUACUUCAGAUGUUCCAGCGCUAGACGGUUAUCCCUUGUCUGGCAAUCUAUCAUCUGAGCAACCUGAAAAAUGUGGAGACAAGAAAAGGAAUCAUGAUAUUAAUGUCAUCAUCAACAAAGUCCUCAAUGCACAAAGUGAAUCCGAAGUCUUCCAUUCUCUGGCACAAGACAUUGAGUGUAACAAGAUACAAAUCACGCACAGCUUGGCCACAAGGUUGCUUCACCGUUUUCAAGAUGAUUGGAAGUCUGCAAUUGGUGUUUUUAGAUGGGUGGAAACAUGUCAAGGGUAUAAACCUUUGCCGGAACAUUAUGAAAAAAUAGUGGAUGUAUUGGGAAAGAUGAAACAAAUGGAGAAGAUGAAGGAACUAGUUGGGGAAAUAUGUGAAAAUCAUCUCAUUUCCCUCAAUACAAUAGCAAAGAUGAUGAGGAGAUUGGCUGGUGCAGGAGAAUGGAAAGAAGCUGUCAAGAUUUUUGAUGAGUUAGAGAAAUUUGGAUUGGAAAAGAAUACCGAGUCUAUGAACAUACUUCUUGAUACCCUCUGCAAAGAACACAAAGUGGAGCAGGCGCGUGCACUAUUCUUGGAGCUUAAAUCACAUAUUGCACCAAAUGCAAACACCUAUAACAUUUUUAUCCAUGGAUGGUGCAAAAUAAAGAGGGUUGAGGAGGCAGAAUGGACUAUCCAGGAAAUGAAGGGGCGUGGUUUUCGCCCAUGUGUCAUCAGCUAUUCUACCAUAAUCCAAUUUUUUUGCUCGCAAUGCAAAUUCUACAGGGUUUAUGAGCUGCUUGACGAAAUGGAAGUGCAAGGAUGUCCUCCCAAUGUUGUUACUUUCACCACCAUUAUGAAUUCUUUUACGAAGUCAGGUUACACAGAUGAAGCAUUACAGGUAGCUGAGAAAAUGAAAGUAGCAGGCUGCAAACCCGAUACACAGUUUUAUAAUGCGCUGAUACAUACCCUAGGGAGAGCUGGCCUUAUAGAGGAGGCAUUAAAUGUUUUUACUAAGGAAAUGCCCAAUGGUAGAAUUAACCCAAAUACUUCAACUUUCAAUUCUAUGAUUGCUAUGUUUUGUCAUCACAAACAAGAGCAAAGGGCCCUGGAGUACCUUGGGAUUUUAGAACAGUCGCCAUACUGUAAACCUGAUGUUCAAUCAUUCUAUCCAUUGCUGAAGUUAUAUUUUCGAGAUGGGAAGACAUGCAAGUGCUUGAAUCUCGUGGAUGACGUGGUUAAGAAGCACCAUUUAUGUCUUGAUCUGGCAACUUAUACUCUUUUAAUCCAUGGAUUCUGCAGAGGAAACAAGUACGAGAGGGCAUACCAGCUUUUCAAGGAAAUGAUAGGUCAAAAUAUAAAACCUAGAUUUGUAACAUGUUCAUUGCUUUUGAAAGAAAUGAGAGAGAAAAACAUGUAUGGUGCAGCCGAGAUGAUUGAAGACGUUAUGAAGAAAAUGAAAUCGCCUGGACAGAAAAACUGCAGCAAUCCUGCUUCGAAGGAAGUUUGAAAAAUGUUCAUUAAUAGAAUUCGCCACUGUGCAGCAGUCCUGCUUCGAAUGGAGUUUGAAAAAUGUUGCUCGAUGGGAGAGACGGGGCAACCAGAUGAGUUAAUGUUUGCAUGACGUGUCCCAUCAGGGAUGGGAACUGCAUUCCAAGUGAGAUCAGUCCAGACUCGUGUUAGGUGGGCAUUUGGCGCAUAAUGAUCCAAGUGGCGGUUGGAGACUUGGAGCCAACUUACGAGACAUUGAGCCAGAGCCAAAACUAGAACCUUUAAAAUUCAGUAAUGCCUACAGUAAAAUUUGAAAGCAAAGACAAAGGCAUCAACAUCAUGUGGAGAUAUUUUGGGUUAUAUUGAAUUAUAAGUCUGCCUCUUCGACCUUGGUAAUUAUUUAGGUAUUAGACUGUAAUUACAAUGUUCGGUUUGAUGGAUUAAAUAAGACUGAAUCUGAUGAAUGUUGUUCGUUUGAGUAGUUAAUGCCCUGCAUUUAAUCUCGGGAUAAUGUUAUGUAGAAUCAGUUUUGUUUUA